UCAUGUGCCCCGCCGGGCGGGGCCGUGGGCCAAGAUGGCAGCCACCAGGUACAGGCGGUUUCUCAAGUUGUGCGAGGAGUGGCCAGUGGACGCAAGCAAGUGGGGCCGCGACCUGGGCUCUCACCUGCGGGGCCGCGUGGCCCAGGCCUUCCGCGAGGGUGAGAACACGCAGGUUGCCAACCCAGAGGAUUGUGACCAAAUGUACGAGAGUUUAGUCCGAAUUCACACCAACUAUCAUAAAAACAAGUAUCCGCGCCUGAAUGAUACAAACUUCACCGGAUUGACAAUGGAAGAAUGCAGGAUUGUCAUAACAACAGAUAACUUGAAAGACGUAAUGGAAAUAAAGACGAGUAAAUGGAAAAACGUGUGGGAGAAGUUCAAGGAAAAGCUCCCGAAGAGGACUUAAAAAGCGAUACCGUGAUUCCCCUGUGUACAUAUUCCUAAAGCACUGUAUUUUUGCCAUGAAAAAUAAAGCUCGUCAUUCCUCUUA